GGCGUGGAGGAGGACCAAGGAGGGGUUUGGAGGCGCUACGUUGUCUGUGUAGAAGAUGUCACAUCUAACGAAGGGAGACGCUAUAAACUGUCACCUCACGGCUGCAUCAGUGAGCCUGCCUCCCUGAGGAAUAAGUGCUGGACAUGGAUGUUUACUUACCGGUAUAACUGCAGCCUUUGAAUCCGUGAGACCUGCUGCCAGAUGACCAGGAGACCUCACCAUGAAGCCUGUCAGCUAUCAGAGCAUGCCGUCAUCUGUCAGCAGUGGACAUUCAAAUAUGGCACUGGAUCGGGUAUUAGGGACUUCAAACGUGAUGUAUUGUGAGAAAUGUGGAAUUGCAUCUACAGAUGCGGCAGCAUUCAAGAAGCAUAUGUUGGAGCACAUGCAGACCAAGUUUUACUGCUUUUACUGCAACAACGUCUCCUUCAGUGAGGCAGAAUUAGCCGCGCACCUGAAGCAGCACACUUCAAAGUAUCCGUUCACGUGUCCUCACUGUGGACAGGGCUACAUGAGGAGGCUCUGCCUUGUGAAGCACAUUGACCGUUUGCAUAGUAAAAUCAUCAGUCAAGGACCUGCGAAGCCUGGCAUGACAAAAAGUCCACAGAUCCCUGUCUCCAGUGCCUUAAGAAGUGUGCCCGCUGCUGAUCCAUCAUUGGUUCGACCGGUCGUUCGAGUGACAGUACCCACCCCGACUGCACCUGCUGCCAGGUUUGGAAAAGAUGAACAGAGAGCGAAAACACUGGACACGAAUGCAUCAACUGCCACUAAUGGUAAUGCAGAACUUUUGUCCCCUUUGAAUGGACUCAUUCAGCACAACAGAGCGCUAACAGUUUCUCUUCCCGAGGAGGUAACGAUCCCUGCCGGCUGCUUGGUGGAACUUGUCGAGGUGAAAACUGUCAACGGGACAAAAGAGUUAAAGCUGAGGCUUAGGCAACAGGAAAACGAGUCUGUGAUAAAGGACACAAGGACCGCGACCUCUCAAAACACUGCACUGGGAAAGCCCUUAUCUCCCACAUUUAGUCAUCCGAACAUGGUGUGGUCUACGAGUAUGGGCAUGUGCACAGUAAACAGAAAACAGAGUGAAUCAAAGACAGUACAUUUGGAGCAUCCAGCUCCUGUCCCCGUCAGUGUUUCCAACAUCCUCCCGAAUCCACUGAGCAAAGAAAAGAGUGUAUUGAAAAGAACAUCACCAGAAAUAAUCAACCUGGAGUGCAACACAGGCAUCCCAAACAAGGUCCCCAAAAGCAUCCUCAGUCCUGUGAGAGAAGGUAACAGUGGGAUCAGCGUUACACAAACGGCACCUGUCAGCCAUAAUGCAGCUGCUCUCACCGCUCUCUCCACCAAGAUUGCCAACCGGUUGAGUACGGCACUGCAUCCAGACAGCAUGGCAACAAGUGUUUCUCAGAGAAUGGGGGAUGAGAGAAAGAAUGUGAUUCUAGAGCAUUCAAAAAGUAUCCCACUCAGGAGGGCUUGUGACACAAAAAGCAUUCCUCAAAACCUGCCAUUGGCUGUGAAGCUGGAACCUCGAGCGAUCCACCUCAAGAGCAACACUGUUUCAAAAGCAAUGAAAGAGGCAGGGUCCUUGAACCAGCAAAGUUUGAAACCGGCCUCUCCCUCUCUAAGUGUUCCAGCUGUCCAAGUGAGACCUCAAGCACUUUUGGUCGGUAAAAAUAAUGUUGCAAGUCAGCCUCCGAUCAAAACAUCUGUCCUCUUUAAUCACACGAGUUCAAAGAUCUCGCCUUGGUCUCAGGAAGUGAGACCCAAUGAGAUAGCACGGGAAGGACAUGUGUCGGAACCUGAGAGUUUCCCCGUCAUCUCUUCUGUGUUUUCACUGAGUCAACAGCCAGAGGAAGUCCAAGGUUCCAUUCAGCCACUGGUAAUGGCUCUGCGUGGCAUAGUGAUGGAUAAAAGGAGCAGCUCUGGCAGCAAAACUCAAGAUCACAUUAAGAUAACGAACAGCACAGAGCAAGUGAACGCAGCUCCAACGUCAGGGCACUAUGCUCAGGUCGCCACAAAAAAUGGUUCCUUCACUCGUGACUUGGUAUUGACAGGGAAGACGAGCGAGUCUGUAAAAGUAGAAGAGCAUGAUAAGGUCGUUCACCAUCCUCCUGCACUGACCAAUAACCACAUCUUUGUCAAGGAGGAAAAAAAUAGCACUGCACAAACAGACACUAAGCAAAUCAGUCACAUGUCUGCAUCCAAAUCCUCAAUAGAUGAAGAGUCUAAAACUGUCCCACAUGUAGAGGAAUCUGAGACUGCCAAAAGUGAGCAUGACAUCUCCUCAAAGUUCCUGACUGUCUCCCUGAAAAGGGUCCAAGUAGGUGUGUGGAAAAAAAGCAAGAAGGGACUGAAACUUAGAAUAUCUAAAUAUAAGACUGACGUCCCUGUGGCCAGUCUGACCGACUGUACAGUGAUUUACCCGAUGCCGUUGAAGGUGGACCAACUGGUGAAACGUCCGGGUCCGUACCAGCCGGUGGUGGUGCUCAAUCAUCCAAAGCCCCGGGUCUCUGUGCAGGGAACAAGAGCAGACACUUUUGCAGACACAGGAGCCUCUCAAGUGGUUCCAAAGUGCCAAAUCUUAAAAAUGAGGCUGAGCAAAGUGAUGGGCCAAAAGUACGAGGUGAUGGGGUGCACUGUUAGAGUGUUCCCAUGAAUGUGUCGCACAGAAGUGUCCAUUUAUGGGGAAAUAAGUAGUAUUACGGUGAAAAGAUGUUAACUUCUAAAACUGAUAAAAUAUUAAGCCAAUUAUUUUCUUUAUGGGAGAAUAGAAUUAAAAAAAAAAUGGACAUCUAAGAAACACUUAACAUUGUCUUAUAUGUAUUAUACGGAAUAUUAAAGUGCAAUGUUUGACUGCUUUUACUCAUGGAACAUGAACUUUCCGCCGAUGUAGAUUGCUGUCAGUAAUGCACAGAUGUUAAAUACUGUUUCAGAAGUUUGAGAAACCAGUAGAUCUGUCAAAGUCAUUAUUUGCAUGCUGUUUAUUUAAAAAAAAAAGGAUCCCUUUUUAUUUAUUUGUUUUGCUUGCAUCGCUAGUAUUGCGAUUGUUCAUCUGACAUGUCUUUGCUGCAGCCUGAAACCGGUGCAGUACAACAGGAAGUGAUGGGUGUUAAUGGAAGAUUAGCAAUGGCAUUUUUGUAUGAUGUCAUUUCCUGUGGGUCAAAACUCACAGGCAGCGUUUAGUGAAAAUAUGGUGUUAUCAAGUAAUAGUCCAGAUGAACAGAAAAGUUUGAUUUCAACACAACAAAAAAGUGCAUUUCCAGUCGUCACGUGUGAGAAAGCGUUUUGCAUCUUUUACAUUGUCCCCAUUUAAUCACGUAUUCUUAGAUGGCUUGUUGUACAGACACCACAAAGUCAACAUUUCAGCUCUUAUAACCGUCCAAAAGGUCUGUCCAGUUUCAAAAGCUUCUCUAAAUUCGACCUGAAAAACCAUAGUUUCAUGGAGAUCACAACCUUUCAUCUGUCGUUCUGCCACCAGUUUUGUAGAGGUGCAUUCAGGCACUCUUUGUAAACUCUUGCAUUUGGAGAAAAAUGACAAGUCAGCACACACUGUUGAGUUAAUUCAAUGGAAUUGAUGAAUGAAAAAGUCCCAUCAAGGUGUAAAUAAUGGGAUUUGGACAUACGCUGCACUGUGUGCUCCUGUUUGGAUAUGUUAUGAACCACAGAGUUUGCCAGUUGUACAUAAACACAUGUUAAACUUGGGUUUUAUGGAACAUGUCUCAGUUUCCCACCUUGCUCGACAUUUUGGUGAGAACUUGAAUGUUUUGGACUUGUUGAUGAAGGGGUGAAUGAAUGCACCGCAAGUUUUUAAUCCUGUAAGGCCAGAGCUAAAGGCUCGGUGUUGUGCAUUUUUGUUUUAUUGUCUCAACAUUUUUUGUAGUCUUUUUUUUUUUAGGUCUCUAAACUAUAAUGUGUAAAUAGUUACAGAUUUUUGGUCUUAUUUAUUUGACUUUACACUUCUGUUUUUUUUUUAGUUAUUUUGGGAUUUUCCUCCUUGUGUCUAUCUGCCUUCUCUUGAGGUGUACAGUUCCAGCCCCAUCGAAGUGGAGUCGACAAAAGCAACCCAGAUUGGUUCAUUACUGUAAUAGAGACAAAAGCCAUGUACCGUGGUUUGUUUUUUUGUUUAAAGAACUUUCCUGCCAUGAAGAUACUCAAUGUCUGUGUAUUUCCUGUGCAGUUAAAACCUGAUGUAAUUUUUUUUUUUUUUUGAAAGACUUAAACAUAAGCAGUCUUCUUUCCUGACACUUUGCAGAUCUGUUUCUCUUUUUUCAGAAGCAUUAUGAAACCUGUGUGUUCUUGUUUAUACUAUAAUCAUGAUGGUUGAGGUGCUAGACCUAUGAUUAUACUUAUAGGUUUUGGUUGCCCCCAGUUUUUAAUUAUGUAUGUAUGCUUUGUUUGUGCUCAGAUUUUAUUGUGUACAUACUUGUAAAUAUAAAAUGUGGUGUUCAUACUCAGUAGAAAACGGCCUCUUCCGCCCCCACACUUCAACCGUGCUUUACUUUCCUUGAACUGCAGUGUCGAAAGCUGCUGUGCAGGCUUUGUUAUAUAUCAUUACUUUAAAGUUCUUUGACAAUCCGUUUUGAUUGUUUGACUUUGUUUUUAAUUCAAGACUCAUCCGUGUGAGAACCAGUCCAUGUUCCAGUUAAAAGUGUUUUGGUUUUAUUACAUUCUCAGUGUUCAUAUCAUUGUGACUCAUGCUUUUAUAAUGAAAAUUGUGUAACUCCUCUUUUUUCUAUUAAAAACAAGGUAAAUAUGAUCACA